AUGGAGGGCGUGCGUCCCCCGCCAGGCGGCAUGGAGGGCGUGCGCGCCUGGGACGCGGUGGGCCUGGCCUUCUCGGCGCUGCUGAACGCCGCCGCGCUGCUGGGCAACCUGGCGCUGCUCGUGGUGCUGCUGCGCGCGCCGCCCCUGCGCAAGUUCAUCUUCGUGCUGCACCUGUGCGUGGUGGACCUGCUCUCCGCCACCGUGCUCAUGCCCAUGGCGAUCGCGUCGAGCCGGCCCGUGUCGCUCGCGCUCGGCGGGCCACCCGUCGGCGAGGGGGACGUCUUCUGCAAGGCGCACGUCUUCCUCAACGUGUGCCUCAUCAGCGCCUCCAUCCUCUCCGUGUCGGCCAUCUCGGUGGAGCGCUACUACUACAUCGUGCACCCGAUGCGCUACGAGGGCCGCGUGGGCGCCGGCCUGGCCGUCUCCGUGCUCGCGUUCAUCUGGGUCGAGUCCGGCCUCGCCUCCGUGGUGCCGCUCCUGGGCUGGCGCGCGACCCCCGACGCGCCGUGGCCCGCCAACGGCACUGCGGCCACGCCGGCGGCACGCUGCUCGCUCUACUGGAGCGACGGCGAGUACAAGAACGUGUUCGUGGUGGUGUUCAGCGUCUUCUGCUUCGUUGCCGGCCUCAUCGUCACCGUGGUCUACUGCAGCGUGUUCAAGGUGGCGCGCAUCGCGGCGCUGCAGCAGGGCCCGCUGCCCUCGUGGACCAACGGCGCGCGCCAGCGCUCCGUGUCGCUCAACAGCCAGACGACCAUCGUGAGCGACGCCGCGGCGCCCGCCAGGAUCUCGCCCGAGCGGGCCUUCGGCGGCGGCAAGGCGGCCGUCACGCUGGCGAUCCUGGUGGGGCAGUUCGUGGUGUGCUGGCUGCCGCACUUCGCCUACCACCUGCACGCGGCGACGAGCGGGCGGCGGGGCGACACCGAGUCGGCGGAGACGCUGGUCACGUGGCUCGCCUACUCCUCCUUCUCCAUCAACCCGUUCUUCUACGGGUGGCUCAACCGGCAGAUCCGCGAGGAGCUCAAGAAGCUGGCGCGGUGCCGCUGCGCCGGCCCCUGGCCCAGGGACGAGCCGCCGGGACCGUCCAGCCACGGCUCGGUGGAGGAGAACUUCUUCCAGUUCCUGCAGCGCACCGGCUGCCCCGUGGUGGUCGGGGGGGGCCCGAGCCGCCCGUCGCGUUCGCCACGUCCACGCCCAAGCGGGCCUUGGACCACAUCGCCGCCCUCGGGUUCCGCAUCCCCGGGCAGAUCCCGAGGAGUCGUCCGAAUACAACGAGCACAUGUUCUCCAACUCCGCGCGGGACCCGUAGCCGCGGCGGUGCCGCCGCCGACGCCGCGUCACGGCCUUGGCGACGGGGGCGCUUCCCCGGCGACGCUUUUUGCCAAAAUCCGCGUGAAAAUGGGGACAUCUGCCAACGUGUCAGCUGGGACUUUAGCCUGCACCGGCAGUGCCCAAGAACUGGGGUCCUGCGAAGCCACAGUUUCCAUCCCACGGCCCGGUGAGAUGACCAUGUCUCUGUUCAGCGGCGUGGUACCAGGGGUCAUGGACUCGUGUCCUGUAAGGUGCGCGGAGCGCUGCGUCGAGAGUCCCGUCUGGAGGAGCUCGGCAGAAGCGCGCCGCGUGACAUUUUGUCUCUGGGAAACCCGCGGCGCUGCGUUGGCAGUGGCGCACAAGCGCAACGGCGGAAUAACGCUGCCCUGA